ACGAAUCCAGACGGGUUCACCCGACUCAUAUACUCUGUCUCCAUAAUUUUUUCAAAAUGUUCUUUUUUUCGUUUCUUCAAUUGUACUGUGCUGUCAUUCUCUACGAGCAUGGAUGACACAGCCUUGAGUCGUAUCAUUUCCAACAAUGACCCUGCAUUAACGCAAGGGGUCAGUGUCACCAGGGCAAGAUCAAGCGACAAGGUCACGCCGCGUUCAACAACUCCCAAGAUCAGCCAGUCCUCGAAUACGCCUGAGACCCUCUCCAAACAUGAAAUUGGCUGGCGUAGAGCAGUGAGGAACUUCUCUGAGUCAUGGUUCUCGGUGACCAUGGGGACUGGGAUCGUCUCCCUUGUAUUAAUCACCAUCCCUUUCAAGACAGACUGGUUGUAUUGGAUGUCGGUAGUGUUCUUUGGGCUAAAUACGUUUCUAUUCGUUUCCAUACUGGCGCUGUCGAUCUUGCGUUAUGUCCUCUAUCCCGAGAUCUGGAAGGUCAUGAUCGCGGACAACACCAAUUCCUUGUUCCUUGGGACCAUUCCAUUAGGAUUUGCCACACUUGUCGAGUCCUGGAUUUUCCUUUGCGUACCUUAUUGGGGAACUUGGGCCGUCACUGUUGCAUGGGUUUGCUGGAUGAUUGAUUCCGUUGUGGCAGUCGUCGUAACUAUCUCUCUGGCAGUUCUCUUGAUAUCCGCAUCGGAGAAGCAGCAGUUGGACCGAAUAACUGCAGCGCAGUUGUUACCAAUAUCAGCCACCAUUGUCGCUUCGGGAACUGGCGCUGAGAUAGCGAAAGUACUUCCCAAAGCGAAUGAUGCGCUCGGUACUCUUCUCGCGUCCUAUAUCAUGUGGGGAAUGGCAACUCCUCUUGCGAUGACAGUGCUCGUCAUGUAUUACACCCGCUUAGCAUUACACAAGCUCCCGCCACGCGAGAUAGUGGUUUCCUCGUUUCUUCCAAUUAGCCCACUUGGUAUGGGAGGAUAUACCAUCAUGUACUUGGGGACUGUAGCUCGCGAGGUCUUCCCACAAACAGAGUCUUUUCACGAAGUCGCAAUCAUCGGGGAUGUCUUUUAUGCUCUUGGAAUAUUCAUUUCACUCAUCAUGUGGGCGUUCGGGCUGACCUGGUUAUGCUUUGCCCUCGCUACGAUAUACUACUCGCGGCCGUUUCCUUUCAACAUGGGAUGGUGGGGGUUUACUUUUCCUCUUGGGGCGCUCGCAAUCAGUACAAUGGAGUUCGGAAUCCAAAUGCCGAGCUUGUUUUUCGGAGUAAUUGGCACGAUUCUGAGCGUCGCCGUAAUCUUAUUAUGGUGUGUCGUUGCUGCUGGGACUGUAAGAGGGGCUAUCGAUGGUCGACUCUUCUAUGCGCCUUGUUUGGCGAAUCUCCCGAAGACCACAAAGAAAGAUGACGACGUCGAGAAAUAG